GCCAGCCCCCUUAUCAAACCCGUUUCACUCAAAUAGUAAACCACGGUUCAAUUGUUUUCAUUGGUGUUUGGGUUCGUACUUCGAAGCUUAACAAUGGCAACUGAAGCAGAGGAAAAGGUCUACAAUCACUACGCUCACACUGACCCUUGCAAAGACUCACGAUGGACUGCUAGGGAAUGUUACGAAUUUAUGUAUGGCAAGCCAUGGAAAGUUGUGAAUGAUUUCUAUUUGGAUUUGGUAAAUGGGCACUCUUCUUUGGCAGAGUUGUUUGGACCUAAGGAUGACGAUGACACUGUGAGGAGUUCUGAUGAAUAUGCUCCGGAGAAUAGUCUUCCUGAUGAUCAGUCUGGACGAUGGGCUAGAGUGACGUUUAAGAUAAUAGUGUCCUAUCAUGGGGAGUACUUUGAUGGCUGGCAGAAGCAGCCUGGAUUGAACACCGUUCAGGGACUGGUGGAAAGGUCAAUUGGGAUGUUUGUUGAUGACAGGAAAGCUCAACAACGGAAAGACAAGGGUUUACCAGUUGAAGGGAUGUCAGUUGUUGCUGGACGAACUGACAAAGGGGUGACAGCGCUUAACCAAGUCUGUUCAUUCUAUACUUGGCGAAAAGAUGUUAGUAAUGAGGAAAUCAAACACGCCAUAAACUUUGAAGCACCCGAAAAACUCCGAGUUGUAUCUGUGUCUCAGGUGUCACGCGCUUUUCAUCCAAAUUUUUGUGCCAAAUGGAGGAGAUAUCUUUACAUUUUUCCAUUUGGGGAAGGAGACUGCAGGGAACAGACUAGUGAGAUGGAUAAGGGUCAGAGAUGUUGGAAAAGUGAAAUAUCUGAAGAUAAUCCUGAGGAGAAAACCAUUGACCUUCCUGGUGAAAAGGAUAAGCUUGAAGGGGUAAAGAAACCAACAAGCUUCACUGUCAGGAGAGUGGAUCAACUUUUACAACAUUUGCAAGGGAAGUUACUUUCUUACAGGAUGUUUGCUCGAGACACUAAGGCUUCAAGAAACACAGGCCCUCCGACAGAGUGUUUCCUCUAUCAUGCUCGAGCAGCUGAAGCUAGAAUACCUUGCACAAACAAGGAUCAUGCAACAGAUGGCAUGAAAGUAAUGUGCAUCGAGCUUGUUGGCAACCGUUUCUUAAGAAGGAUGGUUCGAGUCCUUGUUGCAACUGCAGUAAGGGAAGCAGCCGCAGGUUCAGAGGAAGAUGUGUUAUUAAAACUAAUGGAAGCUACUUGUAGACGGGCUACUGCCCCUCCUGCACCGCCUGAUGGUCUAUGCCUUGUCGAUGUUGGAUAUUCCGAUUUUGAUCCACAAAAAUGCUUCAUUCAUUAAUUUUAUUCCUGCUGUAUUGAUAAUAUCAUUA